AUGUCCAGUGCCAUAGCCCUCAUGCUUGCAUUCUGUAUGCUUUUCACUACCACCAGGGCGAGUAUUUCAGAUCACGUAGGCGUAAAUUGGGGUCGCCAAACGACACAAAAAUUGCUUCCGUCCAUGGUUAUUGAUAUGCUUCUAGCAAAUAACAUCAAGAAGGUGAAACUGUUUAGCCUAACCGAUUCUGUCCUCAGUGCCUUUGCUCAUACAGACAUUGAGGUUAUGGUCACCAUCCCAAAUGUCCUCCUCGAGAGCAUUCUCAUCGAUGGUGUAGGAUUUUGGGUGGAAGAUAACAUCGAAUAUUAUAUCGAGGAUGUAAAUAUAACGAAUGUGGUCAUUGGGAACGAACCAUUUUCGCAAGUACACGAAGAACAACUUUACACCGAUGUUAUUUCAGUAAUGAAGGAGAUUCAAGGAGCUCUUAAUGAAGCAGGGUAUGGAACAAUCAAAGCAACCACACCACAUUUUAUGGACGUCUUAACAUUCCCUGGAAAAUUGCUACCAUCAAAGGCUGAUUUUCGAGAUGACAUAAAGCCAUUCAUGCUACAAGUUCUACAACAUCUCAAAAACAAUAACAGCCCAUUUGUAGCAAACAUUUCUCCAUUAUAUAUCGUCAAGAAUUUCAACCAUACCAAUCUGGAAUUUGCAUUCGUAGAUAAUAAAUCAAAUUUUUCGAUCCAGGAUAACAAUAUUACCUACACCAAUGCAGUUGAUGCAGCCUAUGAUUCGUUUGUAUCUGCCCUCACGAAAAACGGGUACCCCGAUAUGAAAGUAGUUGUUGGGCAAGUUGGAUGGCCAACAGAUGGCGUUAAAGAUGCCAAUGACAAAAAUGCUGAAAGGUUCUUCAAAGGCUUCCUCGCAAAAAUGGCCAGCAACAAAGGAACUCCACUUCGGGCCGAGCCUUUCGAAGCAUAUCUCUAUAAUCUUGUUGAUGAAAACAGGAUAAAAACUAUUCGAAGCCCCUAUCAACGCCACUGGGGGAUUUACAAAUUCGAUGGAACGCCUAAGUACAAAAUUGAUUUUUCGGGCCAGGGACGUGACAUUUACCCUGUACAGGCCAAGGGUGUGGUACGCCUUCCCCUCCGAUGGUGUGUUUUUAACAACGAUACGAGCAACAUGACUCUUGUGAUGGAGAAUUAUAUUAUGGCAUGUAAUGAAUCCGAUUGCUCGACUUUGGCACCCGGGGGGUCCUGUAGUAGUUUGGAUUUCAAUCAGAAAGUUUCAUACGCGUUUAACAUGUAUUUCCAAGUAACAACACAGAGGGAAGAUGAUGUCACGUGUCGAUUUGACGGGUUGAGCAAGAUAGUCACGGAUAAUCCUUCGAAUGGAGAUUGUCCAUUUCCGGUGGAGAUACUGAUGAGCUGGGAAGACGGAGGAUAUGGGAAGGCGCCGGGAUUAAGUGUUGAUGCUGCAUUGUUGAUGAUCUUGUUUGGAUUAUAUUGGAUGAUGGUCAUUUGGUGA